AUGCUCCUUCCCGAAGUCGAAGCUGCUCUGUACAGAGAGAUCGAGACUGUAACCUGCAAGUAUGCCUCCGCACUAUGUCGCGCAAUAUCGAAGAGGCGCUACGGCGCUGUCUUCGUCCGGAAAUUGGUCCUAUCCGUCCGCGGCGGCACGAACCUCAAACAGCCACUCAAGACUGCACUCCCGCUGCUCACGAAUCUCUCGUCCCUCGAGCUCGUAGUCGACGAGCCUUCUAUAUUCGACAUUCUCCUGCACUGCUCAUUCCGACUACACACGUUCAUCAUAGGCGGAGAACGGUUCGCUCCACGCUUGGAGGAUGUCUUGGCAUCUCAACCGGACAUCGAACGGUUCUCCUUCGUCCUCAUACCCGAACACUCGCAAGACGUGGUCCAACCCGAGCGCUCGUGGCCCGACAUCCUCCCGAAGCUCCGGACACUGACCGCGUUCGCCUCCCGCUUCCCACUCACUUUCAUCACCUACCCCUACCCUAUCACCCACCUCUCGAUCAUGGCUGCGAGCCACGACGACAUCGCGCACGUCGUGAAGCACCCCAGCAUGCUACUGGCCGAAGUCCGCUUCUUGAGACACGUUGGUGCGCGCAGUCACUUUCUCGGCAAAGGUGUUGUGCGACACGGCCGCCGCACGCCAUGA